AUGAAUUUCGAGAUGUUGCAGUCGUUUGGCGAAUCGCAUUUCCUUCCCGUGUUGCAGGAGGAUGUCGUCACGGCGGAAAAUGAGAUUUUUUCGCGAUCCGAGUUGACGCCGUUGCAAAGUUUGCCUUCCGUGGACACGAUAAACUCGUCUCUGGUCACGCCAUUCACGAUUGCGGUCAUCAAUCCGGGGAUAAUGCCGGAAUUUAAUCCUUCGGAGGUUGUUGAUUACAAUUCAAACUUCGUGGAUGACACUCAGAUGACGGAAAUUCACACGGCGGAGAGUCUCAUGAAAGCCAUUCAUCCGCAGGAGAUGCACCUGAGUCAUGCCCAACUCACAACGGAAGCCACAACGAGCUCUGAAAAGGAAAAUGACGAAGAUUUGUUGAACUUACCGACUUCCGAUUUGAUCACUGAUGAAUUUUGGCCCACGGAGCUCAACGAAUAUCUGAUCCAGAAGACGCAAUGUUGCGAUUUGGAGGAAUAUUUGACGUUUAAUGGCGAUGAAGUAGCUGCCAACAAGAAAAAACGUCGUCCAAAAAGACGUUUGAAGCCCUUAAAGCCUCCCAAACCGCCAAAAGUGAAGAAAAAACGCCCAACCGUGCAAGUUCAAAUCACCAAAGGCGACUCAGGACAAUCAGUUUAUUGCUGCCCGCAAUGCAAUUUAGGAUACACGGACAAACAUUUGCUCGAACGACACCUAAUUUCGCACAAGGCAGAUCGGAGGUUCAUUUGUGAGGUUUGUGGCGUCGCAAUGAAGCGCAAAGAACACAUUCAACGCCAUAAAUUGGGACAUAAAGACGAACGUCCCUUUAGUUGCUCAAUUUGUAAUAAGAGUUUUAAGCGGAAGGAACACUUGGAUGUCCAUUUUGUCAUUCACAGUGGCGAUUUGGGCAAAACUUUUCCCUGUAACGAGUGUUCGAAGAGGUUUUAUAGACGCGAUCAUCUCACGACACACCAAAAAAGUCAUGUGCGGAAGCAGAUUAAGAGACAGCUGAAACAAGCGGAAAAUGCGAUGAAAAUUAACGCGAAACGGGGGAAAAGUAAGAGGGAAUCGAUGAAAAUUGAACAAGUGAGUCAUGAGAGCAAUACGUUUACGAUUCCCGUGCAAAUUCAAGUCAACACGAAUUUUGAUCUUGUGACGAGUGACAUGAUCGAAAGUGUAAUUAAUGCAACGAAUUGUGGUGAUAUCAAAAGUGAGGAACAUAUUUUGAGUGUUUUAUGA